GGGCGAAGGAAGAACCUGUUUGUUUGUUCUCUCUCGCCUUCCGUAGCGCGCGGACGUACGUCGUUCGUUUACAGGCGGCCGAUCGACCUCCACCGUCGUCGUCAUCGUCGGCUUUAAGUUCUACCGCAUUUAAGAAAGUUAAGAAACCUACCGAUGUGCUCCUCGUGUUUGGUGGAAACGAAGAAACGGGAACGAGAGUUUGAAAUUAAAGUGUCUUUUAUUGCGCUGAAGCUGCACAUUUAAAGUUCGUUGCUGGGCUCGCUGUGCGUGUGUGUGCGCGUGUGUGUGUGUGUAGCCUCGCUGCACAGCCAUGCGGUGAGAAAGGUUAUGCCCAAACAAAGCGUUGCGUGCCCCGCUCCCCCCCGCCUUACCGAUCGCAGGUGCCCUUCCCCGCCGUCCUCGUGCCACUCCAUGUGCAUCGAGCGGGUAAACGUGUGUAGUAAAGGUGGCCCGAAGGCUGGGCGAUAAAAAAAAAAAAUACCACCCCCUUUUGGGAACCCAUUUUCCACCCCUCCCAAUCACCCCCUUGUGCAAACCACCGCAUUCACUAUCGAUCUCAGCCAACCGUUGUGACCCAGUGAGAAAAAGCACGUGAAAAGCGAACGCGCCUUCCGUCUGUUUGCGUGUUAGUGUGUGCUUGCAUUUGUACAGGUGCGUUUGUGGAAAGAGGGGUAGGGUGCAGAGGGAAGCGGGGAUAUGUGAGGCUUCCUCACCGAAAGCCACCAAACGCAUUUAUCGCAAUUUUCGCACGACGUAAGCAAAGCUGGAGAAAGAGAUCCAACAGUGUGUGUGUGUGUGUGGCGUGACCCGCGUGAGAUACAGAUUGUUUGUUGGUGGUGGAGGUUCCAGGUAACGAGUGCGUGAGAGUGAAUUGUGUUAUGGUUGUUGUUGUUAUUGCUGUCAAAGAUGGCUAUGGAAAGGAAGCGUUGCCAAGAUGUUGUUCACUGCUGUGACGUCACACGACGACGCGCGGCGACCAUAGCAUAAGCGUUAGAAUCGAGAGUUAGACCCCCCCCCCUUCUCACCCGGCAUCUCACACACACACAUACAUACGUACGUGGAGGUGGUGGUGCUGGUGGAAUUAGGGUCGAGUAUUGGAACUUCGCACCUUUUGGAAGCCGAAAUCGGAGCAAAAGCCUCCCUCCACGGAUAGAACAAAAGCUCACAGAGCAGAGCUAGCAACACAAACUCGCCAUGUCGUCGGUGGAGUUGUACGUAAAGGAUGCCCGGGUCUGGAUACCUCACCCGGAGACGGUUUGGGAAGGCGCCGUCGUCGCCCAGGACUACAAGCAGGACGACAAACAGCUCAAGCUAGUCACCGACCGUGGCGUAGAGCACACGGUCCCACUGAAAACCCCGGCCGAUCUGCCUCCCCUCCGCAACCCUACCAUCCUGAUCGGGCAGAAUGAUCUCACCGCCCUGUCCUACCUGCACGAGCCGGACGUGCUGUACAAUCUCGAGGUGCGGUUCUGUGACCGGCAGGCGAUCUACACCUACUGCGGCAUCGUGCUCGUUGCGAUCAACCCGUACGCCGAGCUGCCCCUGUACGGGCCCGACCUGAUCCGCGCCUACCGGGGCCAUGCGAUGGGCGAGCUGGAGCCGCACAUCUUCGCCGUGUCGGAGGAAGCGUACGCCAAGCUGGAGCGGGAAAAGUGUGACAUCAGCAUCAUCGUGAGUGGCGAGUCCGGUGCGGGCAAGACGGUUUCGGCGAAGUACGCGAUGCGCUACUUUGCCGCCGUCGGUGGCAGCGAGUCGGAGACGCAGAUCGAGAAGAAAGUGCUGGCGAGCAGCCCGAUCAUGGAGGCGAUCGGUAAUGCGAAGACGACGCGCAACGACAACAGCUCCCGGUUCGGGAAGUUCACCAAGCUGCUGUUCCUGAACAACCAUUCGAUGGCGCUGACGGGCGGUACGAUGCAGACGUAUCUGCUGGAGAAGUCGCGCGUCUGCUUUCAGGCACCGGGCGAACGGAACUAUCACAUCUUCUACCAGCUGUGUGCUGGGCGGGAGCAGUGGCCCGAGCUGAUGCUGGACCAUCAGGACAAGUUUCACUUCCUCAACCAGGGCCAGUCGCCGAACAUUAGCAAGCUGUCGGAUAGGGAUCAGUUUGAGGAUACGCUGGGUGCGCUCAAGACGCUCGGGUUUGAUGAUGCGGAGAUUGGGGACAUUAUGAAGGUGGUCGCGUCGGUGCUGCAUCUGGGGAAUGUGGUGUUUAACCACCGGCAGAAGAGCCAAACGUCCGAGGUGGACAGUGAGGCGUGCUCGAUAGCGAGCAACGAUUUGCAUCUGAACGUUGCCUGCGACAUUCUGCAGCUGGAUAGGGGCGAGCUGCGCAAGUGGCUCGUGACGCGCCAGAUCGAGUCGAUGAACGACAGCGUGCUGAUACCGAUGAACAAGCAGACGGCCGAGGCGACGCGGGACGCACUGGCGAAGCACAUCUACGCGGAGCUGUUUCAGCACAUUGUGCAGAAGAUUAAUCGCAAUUUGGCGGGCAGCAAGAAGCAAAACUGUUGCUUCAUAGGUGUGCUCGACAUCUACGGCUUCGAAACGUUCGACGUCAACUCGUUCGAGCAGUUCUGCAUCAACUACGCGAACGAGAAGCUGCAGCAGCAGUUUAAUCAGCACGUGUUUAAGCUCGAGCAGGAGCAGUACCUGCGCGAGGGCAUCGAGUGGAAGAUGAUUGACUUCUACGACAACCAGCCGUGCAUCGAUCUGAUCGAGUCGAAGCUCGGCAUACUGGACCUGCUGGACGAGGAGUGCCGGAUGCCGCGGGGCAGCGACGAAUCGUGGGUCGGCAAGCUGAUGGAAAAGUGCGGCAAGUAUCCGCACUUCGACCGGCCCCGGUUCGGCACGAGCGCGUUCCUGAUCAAACACUUCUCCGACACGGUGCAGUACGAGUCGCGCGGCUUUCUCGAGAAGAACCGGGACACGGUUUCGCGGGAGCUGGUGAGCGUGCUGAAAGCGUCCGGGAUGCGGCUCUGCCAGCGGUUGAUGGUAGCGCAGGAGGAGGGUGGUGGCGACGGGGAUGCGAAGACCGCACCGGCGGCUGGGGUGAAGAUUAUGGUUAGUGCGGCAAGAACGCAGUCGGUGGAUAAGAAGAAAAAGCCGAUGACUCAGAAGCAGCAGCGAAAAACGGUCGGUUCGCAGUUCCGCGAGAGCUUGACACAGCUGAUAACGACACUGCACAACACGACGCCCCACUAUGUGCGCUGUAUUAAGCCCAACGACGACAAAGCACCGUUCAAAUGGGAAGCACCCAAGAUCGUGCAGCAGCUGCGGGCCUGCGGCGUGCUCGAAACGGUCCGCAUAUCGGCCGCCGGCUUCCCGUCCCGCUGGAAGUACGAGGACUUUUACGAACGCUACAGGCUGCUGUGCAAGCGGGCCCAGAUCGUGGACUGGCACGUGAAGGCCACCUGCACGAACAUCGUGCGCAACUGGCUGCUGGACGAGGACAAGUACCGGCUGGGCAAUACGCAGAUCUUUUUCCGUGCCGGGCAGGUCGCUUACCUGGAGCAGGUGCGCAGCGACACGCGCAAGAAGCACAUCAUCGUGGUGCAGUCGCUGAUCCGGCGGUUCGUCUGUCGGCGCCGGUACCUGCGGUUAAAGCAGACGGCACUGGGACUGCAGCGCCACGCGCGCGGAAUGCUGGCCAGAAAACGCGCGGAUAAUCUGCGCAAAAACCGUGCCGCCAUCAUCAUCCAGCGGUACACGCGCGGCUGGCUGCAGCGCAAGAAGUAUGUGCAGAUCCGCACAGCCAUACUGGGGCUGCAAACGCGUGCCCGCGGCUUCAUGGCCCGGCGCAAGUUUCGCGCAGUGCUCGACAACUACAAGGCGACCGAGGUGCAGCGCUUCUGCCGCGGUUACCUGGCCCGCCGACGGUACCGGGCACGGUUGGACCACAUUAUCAAGUGUCAGGCCGCGGUGCGGCGGUUCCUGGCCCGGCGCGCGUUCAAGAAGCUGAAGGCGGAGGCGCGCACCGUCGCCCACAUCCAGAAGAUGUACAAGGGGCUGGAGAACAAGAUCAUCGAGCUGCAGCAGCGGCACGACGUACUGUCGAAGGAAAACGCCGCGCUGAAGAAGCAAAACGUGGAGGUGGUCGAGAUGCGCCAGAAGCUGGACGGCAUGAAGCGGCUGGAGGGUGAGCUGAAGCUGCUGCAGCUGCAGCUGGUGCAGAAGGACGAAAAGCUGAUGCUGUCGAUCCGCCAGCUCGAGGGCGAGCGGGACGAGAAGAUGCAGCUGCUCGAGGAGAAGCAGCGCGAGGAGGAGGACCGGGCCCGGGAGCGGGACGCGUUCGAGCAGGAGCUGGCGAAGGUGCGGCGCGAGGUGACGGAGAUCACGGCCGUCACGCAGAUCGAACAGGCGCGGUUGGUGUCGCAGGCGGACACGGAGGAGAUUCAUGCCGCCUACCAGCGCACGGUGAAGGACAAGGACGUGCUGGAGAACGAGAAUGUCGCGCUGCGGCAGGAGGUGCGCCGGCUGCAGCGCAUUAUGGCGGACUCGCAUGAGCUGAAAACUCAUUCACGCUCCGUCAGCAAUGCGUCCAGCACGAACGAGGAGGACUACGGCUACACGUCCGGGCGGAACACGCUGGACAUUCGGCGUGCCUCGCCCCAUCCAUACGAAGGUGACGCAGGUGGCGCUGGUGGGGGAAGCGCUGGUCGGGGGAGUCACCGCAGCGGCGGUGGUUCUGUUGGUAGUAAUUAUAGCGUUAGUAGUACAAUUGUCGCUAGUCAUGGUGAGUCACGCAGGGAGGAGAAACGACAUCCGUUCGUGGAUUACGAGCGGGUGUACCGGACGCCGCCCGAUGCGAUCGGUAUGCUGAAAGACCCUUCGGAUUCGACUGUAGGCGAGUCGCCCGAGAAAGACCAAACGGCCAUCAUACUGCGCAUGCGCAAACUGUUCGAGGAGGAAAAGUCCAAGAGCGAGCAGCUGCGGAAGGAGCUCGCCCGGCUGAAGAAAUCCUCCACCUUCAGCACGGAAGACUCGAUCCGUGCGUCCGAGCUGGAGGUUGAGAACGAGAAGCUGCGCCAGGACUACAACCUGCUGCGCAACAGCAUCAAGCGCGGCGUCGAGUCGCGCGAAAUGGACGCCCAGUACGGGGCGCUGCAGGAGGAGCUGAAGCGCCGCCGGGAGGAGUGCAUCUCGCUGAAGGCCGUCCUGGCGCAGCAGAGCCAAUCGCUGCGCUCGCUCGGCCAAACGGCAAACGGGGCCGAAACGAGCCUGCGGAUACACGACGAGGGCGAGCUGAUGGAAGCGUUCCAGGCGCAGAAGCUGGUCAACCGGCAGCUCGAGUCGGAGCUGCGCGCCAUCACCGACGCGAACAACGAAACGCUCGUCGAGAACAAUCGCAUCAUCGACGGGUUGCGGACGGAGAACGGGGAGCUGCAGGCGAUACUGCAGCAGCGCGUGGAGCAGGUCGGGGAGGAGGUGGACCUGGAGACGGUGCGGCAGAAUGAGCAGUAUCUGCGGCACGAGCUGAAGAAGUCGACGGCGGCGUACGUGGAGCUGCAGGAGCAGCUGAACGAGCUGCUGGCCAAGAACAAUGAGCUGCUGAAGAAGAACAACAUCCUGUCGAACCGGUUGCGCGAUCACGGGCUGAACGAUUCCAUCCUGAUGAACGACGAGUUCCACAGCAUGGUGGCGGUGGUGAAGAAGCAGACGCAGUCGUCCCAGGGCAUACUGAAGUACCGGCAGGAGGACGAGAGCAAGAUUAUGCAGCGGCUGGUGACGGACCUGAAGCCGCGGGUCGCUGUGACGCUUGCGCCGAGCCUGCCCGCGUACGUAGUGUUUAUGUGCAUCCGGUACACGGAUCUAGUCAACAUGGAUCAGCUCGUGCGGUCGCUGCUGACGCGCUUCGUGCAGAUGAUCAAGCGGCUGUACCGGGGCGCGAACUCGGUGGAGGUGCGCGUCAUGUGGCUCGCAAAUACGCUCACGCUACACAAUCUAAUGAAACAGUUCGGCGGCUACAAAGACUACAUGAAGUACAACACGGACGUGCAGAACGCGCAGCAGCUGAAAAACUUUGACCUGGCCGAGUAUCGGCAGGUCAUCCACGAAACGAUCAUCUCGAUGCACAGUGUGCUGAUCCGGCAGGUGCAGGAAAGCCUGAAGCAGUACAUUGUGCCCGCCAUACUGCACCACGACGAGACGGCGCGGGGCAAGAGCCGGCGCACGAUGUCGCUGGACAUUUCGCCCGAGCAGGGCCGGUCCGAGCCGGAGCUGCUGGUGCAGCAGCUCGGCUGCGUGUACAACCAUCUGAGCAGCUUCGGGCUGGAGGGAUGCUACAUCGAGCAGAUCUUCAAGCAGCUGAUGCACUACAUCUGCGCCGUGUCGGUGAACAAUCUGAUGCUGCGCGGCGACCUGUGCAUGUGGAAGACGGGCAUGAAGCUGCGGUACAAUAUGGGCUGCCUGGACGACUGGGUGCGCAAGAUGAAGAUGGGCCCGGACGUGAUGAAACCGUUCCUGCCGCUCAACCAGAUCUCGUCGAUACUGCAGGCCCGCAAGACGGAGGAGGACGUGCAUACGCUGCUGGAGCUCAGCACGGCCCUGUCGACCGCGCAGGUGUUGAAGAUCAUCAAAUCGUACAAGACGGACGAUUGCGAGAACCAGAUCCGGCCGGCCUUCAUUGAGAAGCUCACGCAGCAGCUGAACCUGCGCUCGGAGCAGCGCGAAUCCGACACGUACAUGAUGGACGAGGAGCUCGUCAGCCCGCUGGUCGUGCUGUUCAAGUACAGCGAAAUCAACCUGGAGGAGAUUGACUUGCCGCCGGAGCUGAAUCUGGAGGGUUUGGUUACCAAGAUCUAGACUUAAUUGCGCAAAAGCGACUUCUUACUGUUAGAAAAAGGGGAGCUCCUUUGCUCCAAUGGAACUCAUGUUUUGCUACGCUUAAGUUAAGGUUGUUAGGAAGUGUGUGGGUGUUUGUUGUUUUUCAAACGGUUUUUCCUUUGGCUUGCUUUUUUUCACCUCAAAACCCCGGUGAAUAGUGGCUGCGUGCAAAACAAGACACCACUCUAUACCUGAAGAAAAAGUGCAAUUGGAAAUUACUUCCGUACGCAAACGAAAUCCAAUCAAUCAUUCCCAUUGACGGGCGACCUGUUUUUCUUACUAGCAUCGAAUCACGAGCGAUAGUUAAGCGCGUAGGUUGUUUUCGUUAAGUUUAUAAAACUGUCGAACUUUAAGGGGCGCGCGUUUGUGGUGUUGUGUGGGUGGGGAGAAAAUGGGAACGUGAACUGACUGAACUCGAUUGGACUUUACUGUGAAACGUGUGUGCCUACUCUAACUCCGUAAGGCCGUUUGGCCCCCCCCUUGGGAAAGCUGCUUCCGAUGGAACCGAUACACGGAUCAUUGUCCUGGUUGUUGUGCACGGUGCAGCAGUAGAUCGGUAUCGGUUUAAGUUACUUUUCCAAUUGUGAGAUUUAUUGUUAUUGUUAUUGUUGAACUAAUUGGAUGGGAAAAGCAGGGAAGAAAUGAACGUCUAAAAAAACUGUACGCUUGCAAAGCAUUUCAAUAACUUAACAUACAUAGACACACACGCCUACGCUUUUUGUUAUCGUCCGUUAUCGGCAGACGAAGUGGCAACUCGCAUAUUAGUCAAAUGGUGGAGUACUAUAGUAAACGGGAAAGGGGAGAAAUAAGCAUUAUAUUUACAUCAAUGUACAUCCAGCAAGCGGUGUAGCGUAGGCUUUAUCAGUAGUCUAUUAUCCACACAGUAAAGGAUGGAUUAAAACCAUAGCAGAUAUAACAUACUUAUAUAUUACAUCUGAACUAGAACGAGAACUUAUUAGCGUUAGCGUGUCUUAGGCGAAUGAUCGUGCAAAAUGAUACAAAAACAAUAAUAAAACGUUAAAUGAAUUGUAUUGAAUUUCGGAGGGGUUUAUAGAGCGAAUCCUCUACAAUCCGGGAGGCUUUAUUAAACUUAUCUGAACUAUUUAGACCGACCAAUAUAGGAGAGCUGCCGUUUGAAAACGCGGCGGACGCGUGUGUGUGGCGUGCAGAGAAGAAGUGCACAACCAUGUUAUCACCAGUCGUGCACUCUUCUCUGCCCUCGCUCCGUUGUAGUAAAUAAAUCGUUAGCGUUUCAUGAAAAUCCACGAGCAAAUAUACGUAAC